AUGGCGCCAUCAGUGAGAUACGAGUCCGACUCCAAGGAUGCCUCCCCUCUGGGCCAGCCUCUCAAGUUCGAGUUCUCGGGGCAGACAGCACCUAACCGUUUCCUGAAGGGAGCUAUGACUGAGCGUAUCUCCAGCUGGGACCCCGAGAACCUCGAGGCGCGCGGUGUACCUUCCAAGAACCUCAUCAACUUGUAUAGGAGAUGGGGCGAGGGCGGUAUUGGCCUCAUCCUGUCCGGCAACAUCAUGAUUGAGUACGAUCAUCUCGAAGCCGCCGGCAACCCCAUCAUCCCUCGCGGGUCCGAGUUCUCGGGUGAGCGCUUCGAGGCGUUCAAGGAGAUGGCCACAGAAGCAACCAAGCAUGGCUCUCUGUUUGUCGGCCAGGUUUCCCACCCAGGACGACAGGUCGAGUCGCGAAUCCAGAAGAACCCUGUUUCUGCCAGUGACAUCCAACUCAAGGGCGACGUCAUGGGCAUGACCUUCGAGCAGCCCCGCGCCGCAACUGACGAGGACAUCGCCAACAUCAUUGAGGGCUUCGCCCACGCUGCCGAGUACCUCGAGAAGGCCGGCUACAGCGGCAUCCAGUUGCACGGCGCCCACGGCUACCUGAUCGCCCAAUUCCUCUCCCCCACCACCAACCACCGCACCGACAAAUACGGCGGCUCGAUUGAAAACCGCGCCCGCCUCAUCGUUGAAAUCACAAACGCAAUCCGCGCCCGCGUCUCCCCCUCCUUCAUCGUCGGCAUCAAGCUCAACUCGGUCGAGUUCCAGGACAAGGGCUUCAACCCGGACGAAGCCAAGCAGAUCUGCUCGAUCCUGGAAGCCAACGGCUUCGACUUCGUCGAGCUGUCCGGCGGCACGUACGAGAAGCUCGCGUUCGGGCACCAGCGCGAGAGCACGCGCAAGCGCGAGGGCUUCUUCCUGGAGUUCGCCGAGACUAUUGUGCCCGUGCUGUCCAAGACCAAGACAUACAUCACCGGCGGCUUCAAGACGGUCGGCGCCAUGGUGAGCGCGCUCGACACGGUGGACGGCGUUGGGCUCGCUCGCCCGCUCGCCCAGGAGCCGCGCUUGUGCAAGGAUAUCCUCGAGGGCCGCGUCGCGGGCGCGAUCAAGCAGGCCAUCGACGACAAUGACUUCGGUAUGACGAAUGUGGCCGCCGGCACGCAGAUGCGCCAGGUCGGGAAGGACCAGGAGCCGAUUGAUCUCAGUCGGCAGGAGAACUUGGAUGCGUUUAAGAAGGAUAUGGGCGCGUGGGGGGCGAAGAUGGCGCAGGACAAGGAGCUGCGGCACUAUGGGUACAUUGAUCUUGAGACUGCGCAGGCGGUGCCGUAUGGUGCUGCGGCGUAG